ACAGCGCACCUAGUGGAAAAUUUUGCUACUAUAGUUUUGUCAGUGUUUACCCCGUAUUUUUCUAUAGAAUUUUUUACUAAUUUAAUGGCUUUUGUGGCAAUAUUUGAUAACGUAGUGAUAAAUUAAAGGACUGAAGAAGAGCAGGACACAAUGGCACAGUCAAUAAACCGAAGUGUUUCAGCACAGGAGAGCAAUAUCCAGGAAUUCUCUAAAGAGGAUCACUGUCACUUGGAAUCUCGCUAUGAAUGCCCCAUUUGCUACAACUGGCUCAAUGAGCCCGUUUUAACAUCCUGUGGCCACAGAUUCUGUGGAAAAUGUAUUAUUUCAUGGUUGAGAAAAGAAAAUGUCUGUCCUGUGGACAAACAAACCCUUCAAAUGGAGUCUGAUAUCUUCCCAGACAAUUUUACGCGUCGGGAAAUAUUGCAAAUUAAGAAACCUUGUCCUAAUGCCACCUACGGAUGUCUCAAAAGUAUCUCUCCUGUCGAAAUGGACGCUCAUGUCCUAAUCUGUGAAUUUCGGCGAAGAACAACAGCCUUUCCUUGCUACUUUGCUCGCUGUGGCUGCAAAUAUACCGCCACUUCGGAGCAAGCACUCGAAUCUCACAUCCGUAAUGAGAUGGGGCAUCAUCUUGAGCUCCUUCUUGAGACUUUUCUCAAAACAAAAACCCUAGAGUCUGAGGCACGUCACUGGGAAGCUCCGGCAAAGGCUAAUGGUGCCCCGAGCAGUCAAUCUGAUCUCAUGCGUGCCAUGUACGAGAGGAUUGUGGUUCUGGAGCAGAAGCAGCAGGAAAUGUCAGUGAAAAUUGACAAAAUGCGGGAGCAAUUGGCUAAGACCUGCUCAAUGGCCGAAAUCCAGGCUAAAUACACCGAUGGUGUUCUCGUGUGGCAAAUUGGACAGUUCCAGAGCAAGGUCAGAGCAAUGAGUGCCAAUCCCAACAUUAUGUUCUACAGCGGUGAAGCCUACACCUCUCCCCAUGGCUAUAAGUUCUGCGCGCGAGUCAAUAUUUCACCAAAAGUCAAAGACUACAUUGGACUUCAUGUCCAUAUGAUGCAGUCCGAGAAUGAUUACCAUCUUGACUGGCCAUUCAAGGGACGCAUUCGCAUCAGUAUGAUUCACCCCAAAAACUUCUCCGAGUCACAAACGGAUACAAUUAUGUCUAAACCGGAGAUUCUGGCCUUCCACCGACCCACUCAGGAGGGUGUCAGUCCCCGUGGAUUCGGAUUCUUGGAGUACGCUUCGAUUUCGGACAUUGAGAGAAGGGGAUUCAUCCUCCGUGACACACUAACCAUCAAAAUCCAGAUAAAUAUCGUGUAGGAGAAUUUAUAGACUCACCCGGACAUUCCUCUCCACAGUAUUUAUUUACAAUAACUGUCUGUGUUUAGUUUCCGUCCUCCAAAUGAACACCAUGGACUUUUCCUUUGAGACAUGUUUCCCACCCAGUACCCGGAUUGUAUGUAAUAUUUGAGUGUGGAAAUAAAGACUCGAUUUGUGUACUA